AUGGCAGAAGAACUUAUAAGUGAUGAAGAAAUGUAUAAUUUGAUUCCUGAUGAUCUUCUUCUGCCUAAUGCUACUUUAUUUAUACGUGAAGGUGUUCAGCAUGGUAAAAUUUUUUUGGGUACAGAAUAUGUUGUUCUAUUAAAUACUGAUUUUGAAAAAUGGAUCCAUGAUUUUGGUUAUAAUACUCAUACAAGAAAAUAUAAAAGCCAAACAGGUCAAAAUUCUAUAAAAAAAGCAAGAAUUAUUCAAAAAGAUUCAAAAAAAAUUGGCUGUGAAUCUAUGAUUAUAAUUACUAAAACCAAACAAGAUCAGCCUCAAAUGAUUAUUAAAUAUAUACCUCAUUUGAAUCAUAUUCCAGCUCAAUCAAAAAGUAAUAACAAUGAAGAUAAAGGACAACUUUUAGGUUUUAUAAUUUUAAUUACAAAAGAAAUAAUCUAUAAAGCUAAUAUAGUUUUACUUGAUGCAACACACAACAUUAAUAAAAAAAAUGAUCAACUUUAUACUCUUCUUUUACCUGAUUUUAAAACCAGAAAAGGAUUACCUCUUGCACAUCUUAUUUCUUCUUGUAAAAAUACUAGAUCUAUGCAAUUUUGGUUAUAUUGUCUUCGUAUUCAAUUGUUAUGGGAGGGCCUAGUAUCUUUUUUAGUUAACUGUGAUUCUGCACAGAUCAAAGCUCUUCAAAAUAUUUUUCUAAAAAGUGGAAUUUUUUGUGUUGGUGGCAUGUUCUUAGAGCCUAAAAUGUUGAUAAAAUCUAUUAAUAAUUUUUUAAACAAAUGGUCAAGUUUGAUAUUAUUUAUUUCAUAUUUUAAAAAACAAUGGUUAAAUGAAUCAAAUAAUAAUUAUGGAAUUGACAAAACAAUGUGGAUUAAGGCAUAUCAACUAGAUGUUCCUCAUGAUAAUCUCAAUACUACAAAUAUAGAUGUUCUUAUUCAUGAAUUAUAUAUUAAUGGAAAUAGUAAUGCUCGACAACAAUGGAGAUUAGCUGAAAUUCAUGCAAGCAGAAUGAUGGCAGCAGAAUAA